AUGGCACCUGGCAAUGGACGCGAUUUUAAUUGUUCAUGGGACUAUUGUGGCAAGUCUUUCAACCGCAAAUCUGACCUCUGCAGGCACUAUCGAACACACACCAAUGAAAGACCCUAUCAUUGCAAGGUCAAGGACUGUAACAAGAGCUUUAUUCAUCGGAGCGCAUUGACUGUCCAUUCCCGAACCCACACCGGGGAAAAGCCUCAUGUCUGUGACUACGAAGGAUGUCGCAAGGCAUUCUCCGAUCCAUCAAGUCUAGCGCGCCACCGAAGGAUUCACACCGGGAAGCAGCCUUAUAUCUGCCAGGAACCUACAUGCAAACGAAGCUUUUGUAGUAAAUCCGCCUUGGCUAAACAUCACCGCUCGCACCCACUCAGCACGACGACCCGACCAACUUUAGAAGAUACAAUAUCCGAGCAUUCGUACCAGAACCCCAUUAGCACUUCUAUAGCGAAUAACCAGAGUGUCCUUGCCCAGCAACCCUACUACUCACUCAUCCGCGCCGACGCACAAGUUCUACCCUUCCAAAAACAUACCCAUGACAACACCAGCUGCCGUGGAGGAGGCGCCGCCAGUCGUUGCCAAUAA